AUAUUGAAGUUUGGAUUUAAAGGGGUCAGAUCAUGAGGAAUCCAGUUUUCCUUCAUGAGUCUACUACCAUCAUGUCAACUCAAUGUAACUGUUACAACGCAAAACAUCCUCCCUGGUCCAAAAAGACCAUCAUAACAUCUCACAACUUCUGACGUCACUGAACAACAGACAAACUAACAAAAUGAGUUUGUGCUGCAACCGAAAGUGAGACGAUGAUAAAUAAUCCUGGAAUAAAAACAAAACAAAAAAACAAACAAAAAAAAAACAUAGUGGACAUGUAUAAGACCCCUUUAAAUUUUCAGCUGCUUAUGCAAGGACAUAUGGCUGUUAGACGAAAAGAAAAACAACCAUUGAGAGAGCAGUUUCCUGAAAAUCACAGUCUUGAGAGAGUGAAAUGACCCUUGGGAACCUGAGAAUCCUUUAUGUCCAGGCCUCGGCUCAUUACUUGUGGUUUUCAGGAAGAGGCAGGUAAGAAGGUGACUGUAGUUCACUGUGGUUGUUGUCCUAAACUGAGGAUUUCUCUUCUCCUUGUAGCAAUGCCAUGGGACUGGCUGAGGCAGAGUCUCAGUGUUGCUCUGCACAGGCUGAGGCAAGUCUCACAUUUUCUCUCUUUCCUCUCUGUGUUCAGGGGGUCUCACAGCCGUUUGGCUGUUGGAUACAAAUGUCCCCAAACUUGGAGCAAGUUUGGCGAUGGCCCCCGGGUUUAUUAAUAUCAGGGGAGUUCUCUUAACUAACUCCUGUUUUUAGCUAACAUGUUAAAAAUAGAUACACAUGCUUCAAAAGUUUGAGGUCAGUAAGGUUUGUAAUGUUGCACUGAAUUGAUCAAAAGUGACCGUAAAUCAAGUUGUUACAAGAUUUCUGUAUCAAAUAAAUGCUCUUUUUUUUUUUUUUUUUCACCUGUUCAAGGAAUCUUGGAAAAAAAAACUGUUACCGUUUUCACACAGUUAUUAAGCAGCAUUACGGUUUUCAAUAUUCAUAAUAGUAAUUGAGCAUCAAAUCAGAGUAUUAGAAUGAUUUCUGCUUGUGUGACAGUUAAGACUGUGGAGUAGUGAUGCUAAAGAUUCAGCUUUGCCUCACAGGAAUAAAUGACAUUUUAACGUGUUCAUAUAGAAAAGUUGUUUUAAAUUGAUAAUGAAAAUGAUAUUUGACAGUAUUGCUGUUAUUACUGUAUUAGGAAGUAAAUACAGUCUUAGUGAGAGUAUGAGACGACUUUCAGUAUGAUUAAAGAAAAUCUUACCAGCCUCAAUCUUUUGAACAGAAGUGUUUAUUAAAGUGAUCUGAUGAGUUGUUUUCAACCACAUUUAUGGCAUGCUGUUGAUUAGCACAGACUCUGAUUCUGACUCCUCUCUCAGUUUGUAAGAGACACAGGGGAAAUGCACAUGCAGUAAUUACAAUGAAAGCAGUUAUGCAAAUUAGAAAAUGACCUUGCUCAUAAACAUGUGCUAUAACACGUGUGUAUGUGUGUGUAUAUAUAUUUAUUUGUGUGCUAACAGCUGUAUUUGUGCAGUUACACCGAGCUGAGGUUUUAAACUCUCCCACAAGAAUCACAUUCAAAUAGUCAUAUUUAUUUACAAACUGAAAGAUGAGGUGAAAUUGUUUAGUGUGCUUCAGAUUCUUUCCGUGCGCAUUGUUGGAAAUCCAGAGUAUUAUAUGUAUUAAGAUAUUUAUACGUGUGUGUAUAUAAUGUGCUUUUGAUACAUUAUAAAAGCUUCAUAAGAAGAAAUGAUGCAGUAGCACUGGGGAGCAAUGUGUGAUUUUGUUUAAUGCGCUCUUCGACUGGUGUUGGAGAAGGUUUGCAUGUUUAUUGACAUUAAUGGUGUAUUUGAUGGAUUUCUGUCCACAGUUUGGCAUGGAUAUCAAUCCAUUGAACUGCUCCAAGGUUUAAUUUAGCAUCUAGCUGACCGUAUGAAUCGGAUGGUUUGUGUUUGGUAAAGUACUUUCUGUGAAUCGUUUGUGGUUCUGUUUCUUUAAUCUGCCCAACUGCUGCUAUUCAUUCACUCUUGAUUUUAAAUGAAAAUGUAAUCCAGGACCCCAUUUACAGGUGAGACUGAGCAAGUAUAAUUAUUCUGGAUUUGUAAAUCUGUAUUUACCUGCUGUUGCUGGGUAGAGAUGGGAGGCAUUAGUUCUUUCCCUGGGGCCCGUUUCACUAAGGAGGUUCAACCAGUUUAAACUUGAACUCGGAGUUGACUUACCCUGAGAUGGGAAACUUGAGUUUUUGGUUACAGAAAAGCUGAAAUGAGUUGGUUUAAUCAACUCUACAUUGACUGACUCUGAGUUAAGCGCGUGCACCACAACUAUAAAAAGCCAUUAUCAAUGGAGCGCUGAUAUUACGAUUCACCAUGGCAACAGCUCCCGCCAAAAAGCCGUCUGCAUACUCCAGGCUCCAUACAAAUGUAAUUUAUAAAAAAUGUAUGUUAUAAUAUCACAGGUAAAAACUGGCAGAACGUUAGAUUAAUUAACUAAUAGCUAAUCAUUUGAUGGUAUCUCAUGAGCAAUAAAUAAAUAUAAUAAUAUUAAUACUAAUAUUUAAGUGCAUUUUACACUUAGUGGAAUUAACAUACUUUCUCAGCAAUAUAUCCUAUUUACAGUAGGCUAAGUGCAAGUAGCUCCAGAUGCUAUUUACAGAAAAAAAUGUGCAGUGAAAAUUGUGAUAUAUUCUAUUUAGCAUGUACAAGUAGCCUGUUCUUUGCAACAGGCUAAGUGUAAAUAAUAAUUAGAUGCUAGUUAUAUUUUAUACUGGCAGAUACAUGCUAGGCCCAUUUGCACCUCACCGUUGUUAUACAUUAACAAGAUGCAAUAAUAACAGAUUGUAAAUGUUUAUAUUUAUUACAAUUAUUAAUAGUUGCAUAAUUAUUAAACACUUGUUAGGCACUUACACUUUUACAACAUUUUGUUCAUUUUUAUUGAAAAUAAAUUCUAAUUGACGUGAUGGAAAAAGUGAGAAGAACGAGGUCGGCAAAAGCCGGAUUCUGACCCAAACAAUCGCGUUACAAGCUAGUUUUCCAUGCCCAAAACAUUACUGCCUACACCACUGAAGCCAUUAUUCACAUGUGUCGUAUUUAACCUUAUGUGACGAUAGAGGGCGGAGCUACAGUAGAUUUCCACUUAGUAAUAGACACUUCGAAUAAUCUUGUUUUCCAUUGGCAUUAAGAUUAUUUUUAUUACCACACUGAAAAAAAAAAAACUUAGUAAGAAGAUAAUUUUUCCAGCGUGCAUCAAUGAAGUUUUUAAAAAGAGGGAGGAGACCGAAAGAAAAUCUGGGUUUAUGGAAGAAAACCUGCUUCUGACCAGGAUCAUAGAGUAAGUUACUAUGGUAACUGACUCUGAGUAUAAGUUAGCUCUCUUUCAGAAACGGGGUUAACUUACCCUGCUUUCUCGGGUUUGAAAAACAUCCCAUUCUGAAACAGAAAACCUAGAGUUUCCCUCCAUUUCAGGGUUAACAUACUCUGAAUUUUCACUUAACCUCCUUUGUGAAACAGGCCCCUGGUAAGUUAUGGCCUGUAUGUGAAUCAGUAGUCCCUGUUCUCUUUGAGUUGGUUCAGAGUUUGAAGUGGUGUUUUUUUUUUUUUCAUUGCAGUAUAGUGCAGCACUAAGUUACCUUUUCUUUUUGUCCUGUUAAAAAAAAAUAAUAAAAGCGGAGAUAAAUCCAAAUGACCCGUGUAUUCUUUGUAUAUUUGAUCAUAAAUCACACACACACAAAUUCAGAAACAUUUAUGCUGAACGUCAUUAUCUUCUUUAAAUUCAACCAGAUAUAUGCAAUGAGAAUUAAGCCUGGAGACUGAACAUGUCACUCAAGUACAUUCUAUGACUGAUCCCUGAACCAAGCAGUAGUAGAUUUGGAUGUGUACUCUGGGAUGACUAUCCUGCAGGAAAGUCCAUUGAUCAUCAGCUUCAGUCUUUGCACCAAAUGCAUCACAAUUCUUGUCAAAAUGGCCUGAUACAGAAUCCAUGAUGUCCUUCAUAGUCAUGAUUUCCACUUCCCUCUACAGUAUUCUGCAAGAUGUCUCAACAUGAAGGCCAUGUUUGUCUAGUGUUCUUCUUACACACUCCAUUGAAAUGGUUUUCCCCCUUUCAUCGGGUCAUCUUGCAAGUCUUUGGCUGUACAUUGCCGGUUUUUCUCAGUUGCCCUGAUUAAACAUUUUAUGAUAUUGUGCUUUUUCUUCAACACCCUCAAAGGUUUUCUGGUAAAACACACUUUAAGCUAAGAAAUAAGACUGAGAGCUGUGUCUCUAGGAACUUUCAAUGUCUUGGAAAUCUUCAUAUAGCCUUAGCCUUUCUAAAGUAAUACAUUUAUUCUCUUUAGCUUUUGUGAGACCUCUGUUGACAUUUGCCACUUAACUUCAACACAUGCAUGCGCUAACUGUAUGUAUGUGUAACAGCUCAAGCUAAUUCUGUUUUUAAUAGUUUAAGAGCUUAAUUGUGUUUUGAGUCUUUUUUUUAUUCCCCACCAUGCAAAUAAAUGAUUUAAAAACAGCAAUGUUGAAUAGGGUUUGAAUAAUUAUGACAUAGCAGUAUUAUUAAAAAAUCGUAUAACUCAAUAUUACAUUAUUGACAAUAUCACUUUUAAUAUGCCAGUGAACUGUUAUAGAUGCAAUUUUUAUUUUAUCCUGGAUCCUCAGAAAAGCUUGUAUUUGUAAAGUACUACAGUCUCUGAGGGGUUGAAUAAUUUUGAUUGCAACUUUAUAUAUAUAUAGAGAGAGAGAGAGAGAGACUUUCUUUUUUAUUACUAAGCGCUAGACACCAAAACGGACAUGUCUGCUGAACUUCCUGUGGAUUGGGUGGAGGUCUGUGUGGAGAUGAAAAGCCUGAUGGGGGAAAGUGCAGCACAAGCAACGAUUUAAGGGCUAUAAAGUGAAUACGGUUUGAGGGUUAAGGAGAGAUGUGGCCUUGUCUUGGCUAUUUAAAAAUAAGCGCACCAUGAGAGCCUGCUUAUUCCUCUGGGUUUUUUUGGAGCAGACUUUAGCCUCUGAAGCUUUUCAUUACGCCCGGAGGCUGGAGGGUGAACCGCUGGACAUGGAAGCCAGUGGACCUCUGAGGCGAAGGAUCGCUCCUUCAGAAAGUGUGCUCAACUACUCUGAAGAUGAAGAAAUCGUGAGAGCAGAGACUGAGGGACGAAUCAAUAUCCCCGGACAGCUGAAUUUACGCACAGUUACACUGACUCUUUCACAUUUAAGAACCACAGACACGGGGCUUUAUGUCUGCGAUUUCUCAGGAGAUCCAUCAAAUCCGCUCUCGGGGAACACAACUCUCUUUGUGCUGGUGAAAGCCGCAGGUGAGUUGUGCUCCUGUAGGAGGUAUUCUCUGCUCAUCUAUUCCAUCACCGUAGGAGUGAGUCUGCUCCUACUCUCGGCCAUCGCUCUCUUUGUGACACAUUAUAAAAAGCCAUAUGCUGAGCUAGAGAGUCACACCACAGCUCCAAUUUAUGAAGACAUGUCAAGUGUGAAAGGGAAAAGAAGCAGAGCAAACAGUCACUGGAUCUGUCCACCAGCCCCAGAAACAUCAGCCAUGCUGGUGGACCUCUACAGAUCCCCCAAACGGACAAAUGUGGAACAUCAUCAGGAAAAAGAACCAUAAAAAUUAACUUAACUGUGAAAUAUGUUACUGAAAUAUAUACAUUUCCAGGGACAUGCUAAAAUCUAUAACAUAUAUGUUACCAUUUGACCUUCCUUAAGGAUAAAUGGCAAUUAUAUUAAAAAAAUAAAUGUUAUGUUGCCUCAGUUAAUAAAUGUCAUAAUAACUAACAUAAUUGCUAUAAUUAUAACAAUAAAUAGAUGUUGUUCUUCCUUAAAA